UAUAUUAAUUUAUCAGUAUUUUAAUCGCCGGCGUUCUUUUAACGGUCGUUUACUAACAUAACAGUAGGAUAGUGAUUCACCAAUUACAAUAACUACACCAGUCUUCAUUUGUCAGCCGCCGCCGCCGCAGCGAGUCGGCGAGAUAGAAAAAGAUAAGUGCUGCGUAAAUAAACAGUUUCUAGGAUUUAAACACGAGAGCGCACACGUGAGUUUGUGACAAUGAGAAAUUUGCUCCUAUUUCUUGUUAUAUACAAAACCAAUGCUGAAUUAAAUGUGGAUUACAAUGUAGUGGAGAGUAAUAGAUUGGAAAAUGUGGAUAAAACUUACGCUCCGAACUGGAAGGACUUGGAUACCCGCCCUUUACCGGAAUGGUACGACAAAGCCAAGAUUGGUAUUUUUAUGCACUGGGGAGUCUAUUCGGUACCAAGUUUCGGCUCAGAAUGGUUCUGGAGUAAUUGGAAAUUAUCUGGUGACAACAAGACUGUUGAGUUUAUGAACAAGAACUACCCUCCAGGGUUUACCUAUCAAGAAUUUGCACCCAUGUUCACUGCAGAAUUCUUUGAUCCUGAUGCUUGGGCUACUUUGUUUGCUAAUGCUGGAGCCAAGUACAUUGUCCUAACAAGCAAACAUCAUGAAGGAUACACCCUUUUCCCAUCACGUCGGUCAUUCAGCUGGAAUGCUAUGGAUGUUGGCCCAAAGCGUGACUUAGUAGGGGAGAUAGCACAGGCAGUCAGACAAAAGGACCUAAAAUUUGGUGUAUACCAUUCUUUAUACGAAUGGUUUAACCCAAUUUACUUGGAAGACAAGGAAGCCUUAUUCUUAACUAAAAAUUAUCCUAUGACAAAAUUAUGGCCAGAUUUAAAACAGCUUGUACAUGACUAUGAACCGUCUGUGAUCUGGUCGGAUGGGGACUGGGAGGCGUUUGAUGCAUAUUGGAACUCAACGGAUUUACUCGCUUGGUUGUACAAUGAGAGCCCAGUUAAGAAUGAAAUAGUUGUGAACGAUAGAUGGGGUAUUGGUAUCCCGUGUCAUCAUGGUGAUUUUUAUAACUGUGCAGAUCGAUAUAAUCCUGGCAAACUACAGAAUCAUAAGUGGGAAAAUGCUUUCACACUUGACUCAAAGUCCUGGGGCUACAGAAGGAAUAUGGCGUUGCACGAAAUACUGUCCAAUGAACAGCUGCUCGAGCAAGUGGUAUCUACAGUCAGCUGUGGAGGUAACGCUCUCAUAAACAUAGGGCCAACUAAAGAAGGUACAAUCGCACCAAUAUUCCAAGAGAGACUGUUAACGCUCGGUCAUUGGCUAUCGAUCAACGGCGAGGCCAUAUACGGCACUUCACCGUGGCUACAUCAGAAUGACACACACAACGCCAACGUUUGGUACACGUGCACCAAACAAGAGUACGACGCUAAACGUCCUACGUCACGACCUUCAAAGUCUGACGUCAUAACUGCAGUGUACGCGAUUGUACUCCAAUGGCCGAAAGACAAUGUGCUCAAAGUGCACGACAUGGCACCUUAUCUACAUACAGGCACUUGUAGUACAGUAGAGUUGCUUGGCAAUAAAGGAAUAUUGCAGUGGAGAACUUCCUCGGGUUUGGCUUACAUAUCCUUACCUGAUAAAGCUACUGUCAAAUCGAGGCACGCUUGGGCACUAAAGCUUACACAGAAAUGUCCCCCUACGGUUUUUGAAGUGUAAAACUUCAUUAGUAUUCAUUCUGAUUUAAAACUCAGUGAAAUGAAAAAGCGGCACAAAAAGAGACAAACACAUACAUAAUAUAUAGGGUUUAGCCUGCGAGAGAAUGAGAUAGAAUACUUCAUACUUACUUUAGUUAAGCACCAUAAGUCUCUUGUGUCAUUUGUCGAAAUCGAAAAAUUGAAGUCUGUAUAGUAGGUACUUAGUAAUGUAAUAUGUUGUGUAGAAUAAAAUGUAAAAUAAUAUUUAAACCUACCUAACUAUAAAUUAUCCUACUUCUGAUACUUAGCAUUCGACCCAUUCUCUUGAAGUUUAGUUUUCUGAAGGUGAACUGUAUACAUCUUUUGUAAAAAAUGUUAGUUCGAUAAGCAACUUUUCAAAUUUUUAUUUAGGUUAAGAAUAAAGUCUGCAAUACAUUUUUGUACUACUGAGUUUCUAAAAUGAAGCUUCAAUAGCUCAAUGGUCAUGAGGUGGACUGAUAUCCGAAAGGUCGCGGGUUUAAACCACUAUUUAUUAUUGUCGUAUCUGCUCCUAUUCAUAUUCUUAUAUGAAGACACGCGUUACUGUUAUCGGUUAUUAUAAUGCUCCUAUAAUAUUAUGUAAGCCCUGCCAAGUGCCAGCUUAGCUAAAUUGAUGAUUAUUUCAAAAACUGUAAACCUAAAAAUCACCUUUUUUAUUUUUAUUUUAUCAAUUCGUAAAAAUACCCGUCUGUUUUAUUGUAUCUUUGACUUUUUGAAAUUAUCAGAAUUUUGUUUUUUGAAUGACUAAAAAUCAGGGAAUUGGAAAUGUAUUGUUUUUAUUGUGGAUAGGUACCAAAGAAAAUAAAAGAUAUUUAACAUUGAACAAAAGUGUUUUAUUAAAGUACAUAAUAUACAGGUUUACAUCGAGUCGUACUAGGUCUGACAGGUUUAGUACUGUUUUGGAAUUAUUUCAAAAA